GUGACGGUGCGUGUGAAGGUGGAGGAGGCGGCCCCGGGGGAUGCAGAGGACCCCGAAAUGGCCGGGAACCCACCGAGCCCCCCAUCGGAGUCACCCCAGCUCCCCCCCAGGGACAGCUGGCGGGAGGAGGGGUCCCGGGGCAAGGCCAAGUUUGUCCCCGAGGAAGAGGAGCAUCAUGUGCAGGACGCAGGUCCCACCACAGCGAGCAGAGACACAGAGGCGUCCGUUUUCCAACGGCAAGACCCCCCACACCCACCCGGCAGCCUCCAGGGUGUCCCGGCAGCCAGAAUCCCGGCCCGAAGAGGCACCCACCGGCGACAAGUCCCACGGGAUCUCACCACCUUCCAACAGCCCCUUGUCCAUGGUCCGCCGGGACCGGUGGAGGACCCCAGGAGGCCGGAGAAGCCCUGGGUGAAGCGGGAGCCAUCGGUGCAGGGGAAGGACCGUCCGUACCCCUGCGGCGAGUGUGGCAAGAGCUUCGGCCGGUUGACCCACCUGAAGACCCACCAGCGAACCCACACCGGGGUGAAGCCCUACGCCUGCGGGGCUUGCGGCAAGAGCUUUGGCCACCUCUCCACCCUCACCACCCACCAACGCCUUCACACGGGCGAGCGUCCUUACGCCUGCGGCUCCUGCGGCAAGACCUUCACCAACCCCUCGGACCUCAACAAGCACCAACGGUCCCACACCGGCGAGCGGCCCUACCCCUGCGCCGCCUGCGGCAAGCGCUUCAGCCACCCGUCCAACCUCACCAUGCACCAACGGUCGCACACCGAAGAGCGACCCUACCCCUGCGCCGCCUGCGGCAAGAGCUUCAAGUACCUGGCAGACCUGACGGUGCACGAACGCUCGCACACGGGCGAGAGACCCUUCCCCUGUCCCCACUGCGGGAAGAGCUUCAGCAACAAGUCCUCCCUCGCCCGGCACACGCGCAUCCACGCCCGGGCGGCUGCCAGGGACAAGUGA